AUGUAUGAUGCGAAGAUUAACCAAAAGAAUACAUGGAAUUUGGAUCUUAUUAAUCACAUAGAAGACGUUUUACUGGAUGGAAGCGAAAACCAAGAGCCCAACUUCCAAAAAGCGGGUACUACGCUUGAUGCCUCGGUGAAAAUUUAUGGCUAUCGAGUUGACGAUACCCUGCAUACUGGUUAUCGAAUCUUGGAUAAUUUAAAUCGCGGGGAACAAUCAAAGCAGUCCGCAGAAACGUCCAAACCGCGUCAUAAAGCUGAAAACGGAGCUGAAGGAAGCAGUAAAGCCGCGAGCACAAUCGAAACAAAUCUUCGAAACAUCGAAAUGGACCCUUCCGACUUCCAAUUCAACGCAGAUCCGCUCUUUCAUCUCAUGAGUCGCCAGUUUGAUGAGGGAGGCGUGAAGGGAUUGCUGCUCUCGAACCUAGUAAAGCGUUUGGAUUCGUCGUUUGAUCAAAGAGUGUCGAUCCAGAUUGCACGGUCGUGUUCGACUCCAAUCAACUCAUCGAAAUCGCAGAAGAGUUGA